AUGACGAAGGGGAGUGCCAAUGCUCGACAAGUUACCUUCUCGAAACCUCGACCGGGGCUAUUCAAGAAGGCAAGUGAAGUAUAUGCUCGUUGUGCCAUUGAGAUGGCCAUUAUCGUUCUCUCUCCUAGAGGCAAGCCUUUCUAUUUUGGUCACCCUUCUGUGGAUGCAGUCCUAGAUAGGUUCGAGCAUCCAAAGAUGGCUUGUAUUGAUGCUAUUCAACAGGCUCAAACUGAUAGAGCCCAAGUCCUAGAGAAAAUGAACAAACAAUAUGCCGAUGUGCUUGAGCAACUGAAAGUUGGAAUGGAAGGAGCUAAAGAGCUGAAUGAUAUUAAGCCCCUGCGAUUCGAAAACUUUAGCUUCAACGAUUUUAUGGUAUUCAAGAAAUGGCUGGAAGAUCUCGAGAAAGCGGUGGAAAAGAGAAGGAUGGAGCUCUUGGCCUUAGAGGCUAUCAAUGGCUCUAUCAGGAGCAAAAACGAUGAUAAAUGCUGUGAUCCUCGUAAAGCAGAAGUUGGAAAUGAGUAG